AUGGCAAACGAGGAUGGAUCUGGUCCCGUCGACAAGGGCAAGGCAAAGGUUGUCGACCCACCAAAGAAAGAUGAUGUCGUGAUGAAAGAUGCAAAUACCAAAGAUGCAAAGGGCGAGCCAAAAGAAGAGGAGCUAUCGGAAGAAGACCAACAGCUUAAAUCGGAGCUUGAUAUGCUAGCAGAACGGUUAAAGGAAUCCGAUUCAAAUCUUUACAAGCCAGCCUUGGAAGCCAUCAAAGACUUUAUACGGACAUCUACUUCAUCGAUGACCGCUGUUCCUAAACCGCUCAAGUUCCUGAGACCUCAUUAUGAUGACCUUACAGGGUUGUACGAUACGUGGAAGAAUGACGAUGAUAAGUUAAUGCUUGCAGACGUUCUUUCCGUACUCGGUAUGACAUACUCGGAUGACGACAGACAAGAAUCGCUGAAAUAUCGAUUACUAUCGCCUACGAACGAUAUCGGCGGGUGGGGUCACGAAUAUGUCCGACAUCUAGCAUUAGAAAUCGGAGCGCUGUUCAACAAACGUCAAGAAAAAGAGGAAGAUACUCAGGACAUCGCCGACCUAGCUCUUUCUCUUAUCCCGUAUUUUUUAACACACAACGCCGAAGCCGAUGCUGUCGAUUUGCUCAGUGAGUUGGAGAUGAUUGAGGUGCUACCGAAAUACUUGGACGAGAACACAUAUGCUCGGGCGUGUCUUUACAUGGUUAGUAUGGUCAACCUAUUACCAUUCCCCGAAGACAUCGCAUUCCUUCGGACCGCCCACGACAUUUACAGACAAUACAACAAACUCACACAAGCCCUCGUUCUGGCAAUCCGACUUAAUGACCAUGACCUUAUUCAAGAUGACUUUGAUUCUACCGAGGACCUGCUUGUCCAAAAGCAAAUGGCCUUUAUAAUCGCACGUCAGCAGAUUUCUCUGACACCAGCAGAAGACGACGAAGUCGCUGAGUGCUUGACCAACAGCAAAUUAUCGGCGAUGUUCCAAUACAUGGCUAAGGAACUGAACUUGGCCGACCCUAAAACUCCAGACGACAUCUACAAAACACAUCUAGAGCAUCAGAGGGGUGGGGCGUCUAGCAGCGUAGACUCUGCAAGACACAAUCUCGCGUCUACAUUUGUUAACGCAUUUGUCAACGCUGGAUUCGGUCAGGACAAGUUGAUGUUGGUCGAAGAUGAGGCAAGCCCAUGGGUAUACAAGAACAAAGAUCUCGGAAAAUUAUCCGCUGCCGCAUCGAUUGGUCUCUUAAUGCAAUGGGAUGUUGAGAUGGGUUUAUCGAGCAUUGAUAAGUAUACCUAUGUCGACGAAAUUCCAAUUCGAGCUGGUGCUCUCUUGGGUAUUGGGUUGGUGAAUUCCGGCACCAGAAGCGAAACAGAACCGGCCCUUGCUUUGCUAGCAGAGCCAGGUGUUUUAGAGCACGACAAUCCAAACAUUAGAAUGAGCGGCAUUAUGGGUCUGGGUCUUGCAUAUGCAGGUUCUCAUCGUAGUGAUAUUGCAGAUUUCAUCACUCCCCUUCUCAGUGAUAGCAAUAACCAACUUUGCGCCCUCGCUGCUCUCUCCCUUGGUUUGAUCUUUGUCGGUUCUUCCAAUGGCGAUAUUUCUUCUUCUAUCCUCGAAAUCCUCUUCACACGUGAACCUGCCGAGCUGAAGGACAAAUGGUCACGCUUCCUAUCCUUAGGUCUAGCUCUGCUCUUCGUUUCCCGUCAGGAAGAAGCCGAAACCACGAUUGAGACUCUUAAAGCCAUCGACCAUCCAUUCUCUAAGCACACCCAAGUCCUUGUCAAUGCUUGUGCCUACGCUGGUACUGGUAACGUCCUCAAAAUCCAACAAAUGUUACAUCUUUGCAACGAACAUAUCGACAAAGAUAAUAAGGAUAAAGACAACAAGGAAUCAAAGGAAGGAGACGAUAUCUUCCAGUCUUACGCUGUUCUUGCUAUUGCCUUGAUCGCUAUGGGAGAGGAUGUCGGUCAGGAGAUGGUUCUCCGCCAAUUCGGUCACCUUAUGCACUACGGUGAAGGUGUAAUCCGAAAGGCUGUCCCGCUCGCCAUGGGUCUUCUUUCCCCCUCGAACCCCCAAAUGCGCGUUUACGACACACUCUCCAGAUACAGCCACGACAACGACAAUGAUGUUGCCUUGAAUGCUAUCUUCGCGAUGGGUCUUGUUGGUGCUGGCACAAACAAUGCGAGAUUAGCCCAGUUGCUACGAAGUCUUGUGAGCUACUACCACCGUGACGAAAAUGCUUUGUUCAUGGUUCGAAUCGCACAGGGUUUGCUGCAUAUGGGUAAGGGUACCAUCGGCAUGAACCCCUUCCAUGCCGACAGACAGGUUAUGUCCCGGGUUAGCGUUGCAGGUUUACUCACAGUCCUUGUGAGUCUUGUCGACGCGAAGAGCUUUAUUUUGUCGGAUGCACAUUACUUGUUGUUCUUCCUUGUUCCAGCCAUGCAGCCGAGAUUUUUGGUCACUCUAGACGAGGAUUUGAAGCCACUAGCUGUGAAUGUGAGAGUCGGACAGGCUGUUGAUGUUGUGGGACAGGCUGGUCGGCCGAAGACCAUCACUGGGUGGCAGACACAGAGUACACCUGUGCUCUUGGCAUACGGCGAGAGAGCGGAGUUGGAGGACGAGCAGUAUAUCUCUUUGGCUAGUAGUAUGGAGGGUUUGGUGAUUUUGAAGAAGAAUCCUGAAUGGGAAGCAGAGCAAGACUCGUAG